AUCCAAAGGCAGCUUCUUGAACUCGGCGAAAUUCCAAAUCGUUGGCGAGGAUGGGGACAGCUAUACAAGCGAGAGAGUCAAGCCUUGUUUGAAAAUCUACAGGCACAUUCCCCGGAACAGACUUCACUGCUACCAUGGUCCUGAUGUAUGAAGCUUCGCCGAUCAUUUUGGGAGAAGGGAGAGAUACCACCAGAAGACAGGAAGGAAGAAACCGAAACCAAGUCCCCAACCGCUGUUCUUGCAGCUCUCCCAACUGUCAAGGAGGAACCUGUCGACAUACACACCCAAUCACCACCAAAUCGAACUCCUCCACUAACUACCAAGGAGGAAUCUGUCCAGACAGCAGCACUUCCGAAUGCCAAAAAACCACAGCCUGAUAUCAUCAUCGUCGAUGAUAGUCCCCCUCGAGCCAACAAACGAUCAGCUGCCAGCAUCCCUGACCUCGCGACACCUACUAUCAAAGGCGAGCCAACCUACCUCGAGAACCUCCCUGUAUCGUCCAUGGCAGGCACUCUUACUGCUAUUGAGGGAGGACCUGUUAAAAAAGUCAAACUUGAGCCAGGACUUGAAAGUACAGGCGGUGGGGAGGACAAGGAGCUUUUGCGUCUCAAGGAAGAAGAUGAGAGGCAAGAACAAGAACUACAAGUAAUGCAAAGAAUGGCGGAUAUCUUUCGGCAACGUAACGAGAGGAAGUCGAGAAUUUCUGCUCUUGAGGCGAGGGUCAAGGCAACUCCAGGACAGGCAAGUCCGAACUAGGCGAGUUUGCUAGAGAGCGGAUAUGACUUUGGUGGAAGACCC